GCCAACUAGUAUUCCUUGUUUUAACCCAGCCUGUUCUGACAACAUGGCUGCUCCUAUGGCUGCUGUCAGGCGAAAUGUUUGCUCUCUGGCAAGGAUAUUCACAGGAAUCUCACCGCUGGGAACAAGCUGUUUGAACGCCUGUCGAGGCCACAGUGCGACAUGUAACUUAAUCCGGUCCCGUCUCCCACUGAGCACUUCCUUCCACACUGGAGUAGUGUUUUCCUCAACACCUUCAUCAGUCACAGUCACAGAUGAGCCCGACACACUCUUCCAGAAGGUGUCGGUGUUGGUCAAAAGUCAUGACAAGGCCGUCCUGGACAGUUAUGAGUUCUUUGCCACCAUGGCGGCUAAAGAGUUGGGCAUCACUCUGGGCAAAGUUUUUGAACCUCCCAAGGACAUUGAGAGGCUUACCCUCCUGAAGUCCAUCCACAUCUUCAAAAAACACAGAGUCCAGUAUGAGAUGAGGACACACUACCGGUGCAUUGAGCUGUCCCACGUAACCGGCUGCACAGCACAGGUGUACCUUGAAUACAUCCAGAGGAACCUCCCCGAGGGUGUAGCUAUGGAAGUGACCAAGACUGCAAUGGAGAAAGUUCCAGACCACAUCCUCAAACCCAUGUGGACCGACCAGCCCGCCAGUGACAAGCCGAGCCAAUGAGAGCAAACACCAGCAACAGACUCCCCUUCAGUGCCCUCAGAUGCCAGUGUCUGUGUGUUGGUUAUAAAUGGGAAGGCAUUAAAAUACUGCAAAACUUAUAUAUUCUUCUCAUGGACUUAACCAUCAUCCAGAAAUCAACACAAGCCUUGUCAGUAUGAGGUGAAACACACAGGAACAUGGGCCCAAGUAGAAAUCGCAGUCAUUUUUCAAAAUAAAACUGUGUAAAUCAGUCUCCAUUACUGUUAGUCAGCUCACCUGAGUUGGCUCGUGUACGUGCUCUUUCUGGAGAGCAAGACUACAAAUUGAUUGUAUGUUUUUUCCAAUAAAUGUUACAUACUGUAUUUAAUGCUUAGA